AAUCUAUAAUUAGCUCAUCGAUUCCACGCACACACUCUCGAUCUCUCUUUUAUUCUUUUACCUCAUUCAUCAAUUCUACACGAUGAUCACAAACGCCAUGACGAUUCAACGCUCCUUCCUCUCUUUGAUCUCUCUCCGAUUCCUCCUCUUCCUUCUUUCUCCUCUUCCUUCAGCCGCUGCGCCCGUCGGCGUAUGCUACGGCCGCGUCGCCAAUAACCUCCCUCCGCCCUCCAAUGUGGUCAAUCUCGUCAAAUCCAACGGCAUCUCGAGAAUCCGGCUCUUCAACGACGAUCCAAGCACUCUGCAAGCUUUCUCCGGCUCCGAAAUCCAGCUCAUGGUUGGAGUUCCCAACGAGAUCCUCCCUUCCCUCGGCAACGGCACCGUCGCCACCGCCCUACAGUGGCUUAAAUCCAGCAUCUUCGCAUACGUCCCCGCCGGUCAGAUCCGGUACCUAGCCGUCGGCAACGAGGUCUUCCUGAAAGAUCCGUUCUACACUCCGUUCGUCGUUCCCGCCAUUAACAAUCUCUACCAAGCUCUCCAAACCCUUGGUCUCACCGACGCGAUUAAGAUAUCGUCGCCGCUGGCGGCAUCCGUCCUUUCGAGCUCGCAUCCUCCGUCUACCGGAUCCUUCGAUCCGUACCUCCAAUCGGUUAUGGCUCCUCUGCUUCACUUCCUCCAGGAUAGCAGAUCUCCGCUCAUGAUCAAUGCUUAUCCGUUCAUCAGCUACACGAACAAUGCCAAGCACAUAUCCCUCGACUUCGCUCUGUUCAGAUCCGGAAACGUCGUACAGGAUGGGGGUUUGACGUACAACAAUCUCUUCGACGCGACGAUUGAUGCGUUCGUUUUUGCGAUGGAGAAGGAAGGUUUCGCCGGAGUGCCGGUAGUGCUGACGGAGACUGGCUGGCCGACUACCGGCGGCGAGGCCGCGACCCCCGAGAACGCUGUGGCGUACAAUGGAAAUGUCGUAAAACGGGCACUAAACGACGUCGGAACGCCCAAGAGGCCUGGUGUUGGGGUGGAAGUGUUUUUGUUUGAUCUUUUUGACGAGAAUGAGAAAGGAGGGGAAGCGUAUGAGAGGCACUUUGGGAUUUUUGGACUUGAUGGAAUUAAGGCUUACGACAUUAAUUUUAAUUAAAAAAUAGAUCCUUUUUUUAGGAGAAAUUAGGAUAUCGGGUUUUCGUGUAUCGGCUUCGGGCACAUUACUAUCGACUAUUUUGAUAAAUUCUGUAUUGAAUUAUUUUUUACUAUCUCCAUACAUCAUAUUAGACGCACCAAAUAAUUU